AUGGCCUCAUCAAUCCCAAAGGUUGCCACAAAGGUGAAACGAGUGUUCCCUCUAUUCAAUCGAGUGCUAAUUAAAAGAGAUGACCCGGCCACGCAAAGCAAGGGUGGAAUCGUGCUGCCUGAAAAUCAGAAAACCAGGGUGUUAAGGGGUACGGUUGUAGCAGUCGGACCAGGGCAAAGGAACGAUAACGGCCAGAAAAUACCGAUGACUGUGAAACCAGGGGAUUAUGUAAUUCUUCCAGAUUAUGGAGGCGCCAGAAUUGAAAUGGACGGGGAACAUUAUUUUAUGUUUAGGGAAAACGACAUUUUGGCUAAACUUCAGGAGUCCUAA